ACCUUGCAUCACUCCCCUUCAUUCAAUUCUUAGCAUCAAUCAAUUCACCUAUCCAAACCGCCCAAGACGAUUGCCUACAAUAUUCUAAUCCCUCCCCGGGAUCAAGACGGGCAAUGGUCAAACCAUUAACCUUCAAGGGCGACAAAAAGCCCAAGAAGAGAAAGCGCACCGCCGCCGACGACAACAACGACGAUGCGCCGUCUUCCAGACAAGCAGCAACCGGGUCGGCGGCCGCAUCCGAGCCCGUCGACGAAGAAGCCAUCGCCAACGACGACAGCUGGGUUUCGGCCGAGGCAGUAAACGACGUCUCGGGCCCCGUCAUGUUUGUGCUGCCCACGGAGCCGCCUUCGGCGCUGGCCUGCGACGCCGCCGGCAAGGUCUUCACGUUGCCCAUAGAGAACAUUGUGGACGGGAACCCCGCGAGCGCGGAGCCUCACGAUGUGCGGCAGGUCUUUGUCGCAAACAAGAUUGUCGGUACCGAGAACUAUAGGUUCAAGGGACAUCAUGGAAAGUAUCUUGGGUGUGACAAGAUGGGCAUACUAUCAGCAACCUCCGACGCCGUCUCCCCGCUAGAAUGCUUCGUCCUCAUCGCGACGCCAGAUACCCCCGGCACGUUCCAGGUGCAGACGCUACGCGAGACCUUCAUCGCCGUCAAGGAGCCCAAGGCCCGCGCCGCCGGCGCUUCUGCGUCCUCUUCUAAGUCGGCCAAGGCCGCCGCGCCCGAGGUCCGCGGUGACGCUUCGGACAUCACCUUUGAGACAACGCUGCGCAUCCGAAUGCAGGCGCGCUUCAAGCCGCGUAUCAAGGUUUCCAAGGAGGAGAAGGCGAGAGAGAGGAUCAGCCGUCGGGAGUUGGAGGAGGCCGUGGGCCGGCGGCUCGAGGACGACGAGGUCAGGCUCCUGAAGAGGGCGAGGAGGGAGGGCGAUUAUCAUGAGAAGCUGCUCAACCUCAAGAUCAAGAGCAAGCACGACAAGUACGGAUGAGGGAUGGGAAGAGCGUCAGUUUUUUUUGGGGGGGGGGGGGGGGUUUGUUGUUUUGUGGUCGGGAAUGGCGUCUUUGGCAGUGCGAGUUGUUACUAACAUGUCCCUGGGUUUAUUCUGUCUACUACCAGCGCUGCUAUUAUGAGCCCGGUCUCCAAGCCUUGAUCCGGCCAUCCUCGCCUGCGGUGAAGACGGCACGCUCUGCAUCGAAAACACGGAAUGCUCGCACAACUUCGGAGCCAUGAGCUCCGGGCAGCCCGACAGAGGAAUUGGUGUCGAAAUUCCAGGUUGCCUCCUUGGACAAGUACAGCAGUUCGAAUUUCUCCUGGCUGUUUUUGUGUUAGGGUUUCACUUGGUCAGCCUACGGUCUCUGUGCUGGCAAGGGAAAAAUUUUUAUGGAAAGAAGGUGAUUAUCAGAAGGCUCAAGACAAAGGGUUAGAGAAAGAGGACAUACUCGAGCAGACCGGCUCCCAACACGGCGCCAGAAGCACCGCUCGGAUCGGACUUGGGCAGCACGUUGGCGAUGUACUGGCACUGGGCGACCUGGCGCAUAUCUCCAAAGUCGGCAGUGGCGACACCUUUGUCCUGCUCCUCUGCGAGAUCGAAGAAGGCGAGCUUCUCGUCGUGCGAGAGGGCAAAGACCUCGGUGCGGUUCAGGAACCCGGCGUGGUGGACCGAGGCGCCGUGGUUCAGGGUCUGGAUGAUCACCUCGUCCUCGUCUGUGACCCGGAGGUCGUAGACGUUUACGAGGCCGUCGGUUGAGCCAGAUAGUAGCGUGUGGUUGUCGGCUGGGUGGAAGUUUAACUGGAUUUUUGUCGUCAGUUUUGCUUGGAACAAUCUGGAGGCAAAUAUUCGUAACUGCUGGGUUUACCUCGGUGAUGUCGUCGCUGUGGACUUCGUUAUAUUGGACCACGGGGGCUGACUGCGUCCGGAUGUCCCUGCGGAGUUGGCGUGUCAAAAUUACAUUAUACUUACGAGGUUAUCCUGGUAUGGAAAUCACUUAAACAACUGACCAGAUGACAAUUGAAGCUUGGUUGUUCUCAUAUUCUGUUCCAACAGCAACCAUAUUGGCACCUGGGCAACACGCCAGUGAACCGAUACUUGUCGGAGCGGUUCCUAGCCAACACGGUAAAAAAAUCAGUAUCAAGUGUGAUUGUGACUAUGUCUUUUUCUUGGCUAUCUGAUAGACUAGUAUAUAGACGACAAAAAAAAAGAAAAGAAAAACAAGCAAAGAAAAGAAAGAAAAAUAAAGAAAGAAAGUCCCGG